CGCCACCAGGCCAUACUUGCUUCCCUAUCAUAUCUCGCGUAUACUAUGCAUGUAUUCCGACUCCGCUAGUCCACCAAUGCUUAGCGGAUGGGUGGAAACAUGGCCGUCGUCGUCGGUUGCAUUGGUUGUAUGAGUGCGUUGUAUCGAUAACAACCAUCGUUAUUCGCGCCAGCUGCAUUACGCUUAGUAACGUUUAGUGCCGGUCAUACCGCUCGUGUGCUCGUCAACGUCAUCGUAGAUAUCCCACAGGUAAUCCACGCUCUGUUAUUCGUUCCCGGAGUGCAGCAACAGAUUCCACAUCGUGUUCGGCCGUGCUACGCAGCGGCGACCAUUCCCUGUAAUCAACGUCGCACGCACACUCCCGUGCGCCGUAUUUAGAUCUGUACUUGGAUUUGCUCGAACGUUCCCAACAGUGCGGGUUGCCUCUUAGCACCGAGGUUCGAUCAUCGGCAGCAUCAGCCGUUCUCGAUCGGGACCUUCACCGCCUCGCCCGCGUGUAUUGGUGUGUGCGUUAACCCACACUCCUCUGUCUCUGUGACGCCUGUCUUUCCGGUGGUUGUUGGGCCCUCGGGGGUGGCAAACGUGUGAACACAGCUAAAAGUGUGCGGCAUCAUGAAUGGCGAGGGAGAUAACGACUCGUGGCUGCUCAACGGCUGGGAGCAGCAGUGCGCCGAUUCGAUUGAGGAGCAACCCGACGACGAACACCAGCUCUCGCUCGAAGCCGACAACUUACAUCGUAAGGUGUGGACCGUUUUCCAGGAUUCCGCUACCGCCAUUGCCCAACUGUACAAAGAUCGUAUAACAGCUGAUCCAGCCACGCUUUGGAUUUCCUUUCAGACUGCAGCUGGUACCGUGACGUCCCUUUAUAAAGAUUCGUGUGAUAGUAUACGACGUUCAAGUGAAAUGGGCAAGCAGUGCGGCUAUCAGAAGCGCAAUCGUGAACUGCUGAAUUGGGCGAAGCGAAAACGCACGUUAAUUCGCCGCGAAGACCUGCUGUCCUAUCUGUCCGGCAAACCGCCGCCACCACGCCGCGAGAACCACCACCAUCAUCACCGCGUCUCGCCACGGCCGCGCAACAUCUCGCCACCACCGAGCGUUAUGCACGCGACGCACAACCAGCCGCCGGGCGACGACUCGCUCAACACAUUCACUGAGGCGCUAGCGCGGUCUACGACGCGUCGGCCGCUUGGAGGUGCCGAUCUGUGCGCAUUCAUCACCGGCGAGAUUCAACGCCACACGACGAAGCGCCCUGCCAGCCCAUCGGACGUCACGAUGGGCAGCCCCUCGCACCAGAAGCGACCACGGUAUAUGUAGUUGCGCCGUUGUCGCCUUUUUGUCGUCUGAAUUGGGGGAUGUACAUUUGGUGAUAGAUUUAAGACAAACCAUUGUAUAAACGCGUGGCGGAAUCAACUUAUUUAUAUGCGCGGGCCGACUCGAGUGCGAACGGUUUCUAGGCAGUAAAAAGCUCUAAGCGUGGUUACGUAUGCUUUGGUUUCAUCUGGGUAUAAGCGCCUCGGCACGACGAAAACACCCCUAGGCCUUGUGUCAUAAUCUUUCGGAUGUUAACCCAAAAAAAAAAAACUAGAAACUCAUCUUGUAAGCAAGCAUGGCAUUCAUGACGAAACGAGGGGGUUGUUUGCGAUUUUCUGAAAAGUACUACACUGACAUUAUGAAUACCUGCAGCGCAGCAUCUGUUUCGAGCCUAUGUUCUCAAUACGCCUAGCUAUGUAAAAAGCAACGUUUUCUACAACUAUGACUAAGUCUAUUUAGAAAUGUAUUGAGUAGGUUUUAAUGAACGAAGGCGCCGUAUGAGGGCCGAAAGGAGGAGUGUUAUUUAGUUAGUUAUUAUUGGAUUCAACAUAAGUUGGGAGAACACCAAAACGCUAUGCUUUAAUCAUCAGUGAGGAGAAGAGAAAAUAGGAGACUUGUUUUUCUCGCUCUCGAUGCACGCUGCUGCGCGAAAUACAAGUCGCACAAUAUGGCGGGUUGAAUUAAUUACUAUUAAUCAAUGAAUGUUUUAUUUAGUUCUAUUAUUUCAAAAUAUUAUUACCAUCAUAUUUGAAACGGAGAAAAUGUAUAAUUACAUACUUAUUAAACAAUAAUAUUAGAUUCAAAAGAAAUAAAUUAUUUAAAAACUAA